CAUCACUUCAGCCCACACGACUUGGGGUAAGACAUCGGAGAGAGAGAGGACUUCCCAGCGGUUUACCCGUGCCAUGCCUUCCUACGAUUUUACCUACUUCCCCGACUCGUCGUCCGAAGAGGAGAAAUUCCAAGUUUCUUUUGAAGAAACGACGGAAAACUCCGUGCAACAGCAACAGCGUACCCACGUGCAAGCGGCGAAAAAUGGAGGGGGGAAGGUGGCUAAGAGGAAGCGGCCAAGCCGCAAGAAGGACCCGAAGAAUCCCGAAUCGUUGCUGCGGCGGCUUGUGGCGAACUCGCAGGAAAGAGACCGCAUGCACGGGAUAAACGACGCGCUGGACCGUCUGAGAAGACACAUCCCUCUGCACCUCGGUCCACGCAGGCUCUCCAAGAUUAAGACGUUACGUCUUGCCAUGGCGUACAUCGAGGCGUUGACAAACAUGGUGCACGGAGAAACAUCAUCACCCGGUAGUACGCUAUCUUAUCCAGACAGCGGUGAAGACAGUUACCAAGAUAAACCAGAAGAAACGCAGGAACAAGAAGCCGGAAAGCGUUUUUCCGGACAGGUCGCCAUAAGCGGGAAGAGUUUCUUUGGGAAGGCGAAGGAAAGGGGAAAAGGAAGGAUAAGAGGACACGGCAAAGGGGCGGGCAGACUUGGAGCUGAGGUCACCAGGCCAAGCGGCUACAAAACAGGCAUGCAGCUAUGCGAUGACAGAAUGACUUCCAUCAGGGCUUCUUCCUAAGGACAGGUGCAGCUGUCGUCCUUCAAGUCACCACUGCGCCUGCGCAGCCUGAGGUCACGUGAUCACCAGAUGACGUCAUCCGUCCGCCAUGUUGAUAUGACUGUUUUUCGUUCAUAUAUGAGCAAAUCGUUGUAAUAUAUUAUCAAAACCGACACAUUCCAUAAACACAUUCUACCUCAUUGUAUUGUUAGGAGUACUGACAAUGAUAACAAGAAAACUUAUCGAUUUUUGAAUGUGGAUUUAAUAGUACUAUGGGUUUUCAAGAUGUCGAUUUUAGUAGCUCGUAGCUAUAGUCACCUUCCUAUCGUUAAUUGACUGUUGUGAUGAACAUCUUCUUACGACUUAGUGUACUUACCAUUAAAAUGUUUGUGAUACGACAA